AUGUUGUGCCCGCAGCUGGCGCUAUUUUUACUCGCCCUGUUGGCUCUGUGCCAGGCGGACACCCUGGUGCAGCUCCAUGUGAAUCGUCCCUAUAACGAUGUCAACGAAAAGUUUGUCAGCUUUGCCGUCAAGCCGGAGGAUCUCUAUGAUGCACUGGAUGGCAAGAGUCGCAAGGCUGUCACCAGCAUGGCCGCCCUCCUAGGCGAUGCCUAUGUCAAGUUCAUUGGCGAUUUCUAUUUUGCGAGCAAUGCGCCGCAACGCCUACGCAAUCCCACCAAGAUCAUAUGGAAGGGCUUCAAUCGCUGGACACGCGCUGUCAACUGGACGAUGAUUAUACCGGUGCCCUAUGCGCCCGAUGAGUGGGAUUCAAUGCAUACGCUCAAGAUACUCAACACCUCCUACAUGGUGGGCAUAACCGACUGCAUCUGGCAGCUGGGCACAGACUUUGGCACAUCACGCGCCAAGGAUUACGUGCAGGAGCUGAGCACACUGAAGCUGAUGACGGACACCUUCAGUCCCUACGUGGAUAAUUGGCGUGUUAUGGGCGCCGAUAUAUCAGCUGGCAGCAGCGCUGAGGAGACGCGCAAAUAUGUGGACAUGUCCAAGGAUUUAAAUGCGGCCUUCGGCUGGACGCAACCCGCCAAUAUGCUGCCUACCAGCAGCCUGGGCAGCUACAUCUACGACAGCGAUCCGGCACUGAAAACACUCCAACAGCAGCGCGUGCCGCUGUGGCUGACGCUGCCGGAGGAUCGGAAUGGGGCACAGUCCAUAAGCAAGCGGCUGGUGGGCGAUGAGACGACGGACGCCUUGCGCUGGGCACAGACCCUGGGCGAUGCGGCUAGCGGUGGCUUCGACGUGGUCUUCAAGCGCAUGAGUCUAGAGGAUUUCGAGCGGCCCAAUUUGAGCUACUAUGUGACGGCGCUCUUUAAGAAGGUCAUGGGCUCCAGAGUGUUUCCGGCGCGUCCACUGAAUGUCUUCGCGCCGAGCAACAAACUGUAUACGCACUGUGCCAACGCGGUGUCGGGUGGAUUGGCUUUCAUGGUGGUCAACACGGAGGAGCAGCCCACAACGAUUACGGUGCGGAGCAUGAGUCGUUUGUCCAGCAGCGAUAUAUGGCAAUAUGUGCUGACUGCAGAGGAUGGUCGCAUGCGCCUGAACAAUAUGAAGCUGUCCCUCAACUCCACUCUGCGACCGCUGGUCAAACCCAAGGAUGCCAGCAAGCCGCUGCAGCUGAUCACGCCCAGCAUGUCAGUGGGCUUUUGGGUGCUGCCCAGCGUCAAUCUGGAGCACUGUCAAUAUUCCGAAAUCGAAGCUGACAGCGUCAGCGCGGAGUCAGCUGCCGAGAGUGGCCGUUCCAGCUACAGCUCGGCAGAUCGUCUGCUACAGCGUCUGAUCGAGGAGACCGCCGUCUCUCGCGGAUCUCUGCCGGGCACCAUCAAUCGCCAGCGGCGCUUUGUGCUGGAUAACCCGGAGCUGGAGGCACCGGACACGCUGCUUGGCAGGCUGCUGCAACCAUUCAAUUCGCCAAAAGAGAAGUCCGCUCCAGUGUCUGCGCCAGUAAAGCGUCAGGUGAAAGCUGAAGUCAAGCCCAAAACUCAAGCCGUGCGCCCCUGUGAGGCACGAAACUGGCUGAGGAACGUCAUGGAGCAGAGCAGGGAUGUGACGCAACGGCGCAGCAGACGCAGUGCAGCCGACUAUGUUGGGCCCUUCUUCUACAAUAGGCAGGGCAAGAAGACGACGUUGACUAAGAAGAUAACAGAGAUACGCAAGCCGGAACGCAAGGUCAAGCCGCUCUUCGAUCUGGCCGAGUUCGAUGAGGAGGAGUUCUUCAAGAAAAUGGGCGAACAGCCGGAGCCACCACCAUAUACCCGUCUGCCUGAGGGCGAUGUCCACCUGAAGCACAUUGAAUCUCCGGACGGGGAGGAGAGCGAAAUGCAGCCAGAAUCGGAGCAGCAGCAGGUCAGCUACAAGAAACGCAGGCCAGCGAAAGGUAGAAGGCAGCUGAGCAUUGUGCAGCGUUCCCAGGAGGACAGCGUGGAGGAUGUGCCUGACGUACCCAAGCAAAAGGAGCGUCAAAAGCUGCGUCUGUUGCCCACGGAAUUCUUUGAGGCCUUGCCGGCGCCUGUGCCCAAGCAGGGCAAACGUUUGAAUCUGGGCGCCACAUUGAAUUCGCUGCUGUUCCCCGAACCUUUCUCCAGCAAGGGCACAAUAAGCAAGAGCCCGAACAAGAGCCAGAACAGGCCACAGGAGGAACAGGAGCCGGAUGUGGAGCCAGUCGAGGGUGAUGAUGACAACAAAAAGCGCGCUGGCAAGAGCGGACAUGUCGCCAGCGAUUUUCUGCAGGCGCAGCGUGAGCUUGGAAAGCACUUCCUCAGCCACAUCAAUGAGCACGAGCACGAGUUCUCGCUGGGGGAUGAGCACCUGCGCGAACCUGCGUCCCAGAAGGAAGACGCCUUGGAGAGGGAACUGAAGCCUCCAGCGCCCGCGAAGCUGUUGCCUGUCACUGACAAUGAGGAGGAUUAUUUCAGCACCAAGCGAGCUCCUAGAGUGCCUGUGCCUGCACCCAAGCGGCUGAAGAAGAAGCUUGCCGACGAGAGCAUCACCUCCUGGUGGGAUAUGCCGGCAAUGCGAAGACGUAGGGCUCUGCCCUUCAACUUUGCCGACGACACGCUCAACUCCAAUGUAAUACACAAGGACGAUCAGCAGGAUCUGUUGCCGCUGGGACGCUAUUCAAUCUAUGAGUACAAAGUGGACUUGUCCACGGUGACGCCCCCCAUCGAACCAACUGAGUCGAAAAUCAUGAAGAUCUCUAGCACCAAGCUUCCUGGCACAAACUGCCGCAAGGUCACGCUCUCCGAUAACAUCGUGACAACCGUAAAGUCAAAGGUAUCCAAGCUUAUGAGCAUCAUCUCACGCCACAUGAACGAGUGGUACAAUACCCUGACAAAGCAUCUGGAUAGUGAGCCAGCGAAGCUGCCUGCUCCGAGUAUGGGAGGCGGGAAUGCCAUAGAUAAAUAG